CCGUGCGUAUAAGGUGGGGGGGGACCAGGGGCACAGCAGAAGACUCAAAUUCUCAAACUCUUUCCGCUUUCGUAUUUGGAUUGCUCAUGUGGUUGUCAUUGUCAGUGAACAUCUUCAACUUUCAACCUCAUUCUCGUUAUUGACGAAGACAUUGGUUCAGUCGCUGACCUCGUUUCAUAAGUUAAAGUAGGAUAAUGUCACUGACUAAACUUUUGAGGUUAAAAGCGCUUAUUUCACAACCAAAACAGAUCAAAAUCUUGUUGGAAAAUGCUAAAAUUGGUGCUACAAACAGAAGGCUCUUAAGUGGCAGUCAAAAUGAAAUGAAAACCACUUUGGAAGUGCCCUUUUACAUGACGUGCAGCAAUAACAUGAAGGCCGAAGAAUGUCAAUUGCUUUACAAAGACAUGGUUGUGUUUGAAAACUUUUUAUCAGAAACUGAGGAAAAAGUUAUAUUUGAUGAAAUUGAGCCAUACAUGUCACGACUCCACUAUGAAUAUGAUCAUUGGGAUAAUGCUAUUCAUGGGUUCCGAGAAACAGAACGGCUUCAUUGGACCCAACCAAGUAUGCUGAUUUUAGACAAGGUGCGCCAAGCAGCGUUUCCAGCGGGAAAACCACAACUGCGACAUGUUCAUGUUCUUGAUCUCUCAGCUGAUGGCUACAUCAAGCCACACAUUGAUAGCGUCAAAUUCUGUGGUGAUACAAUAGCAGGUUUGAGCCUUCUCUCAGAUAGUGUGAUGCGCCUAGUCCAUGAGAAAGAUAGUUCGAAGAUUGUAGAUGUAAUACUCAAGCAAAGAUCCUUGUAUAUCAUGAGGGAUUCCGCACGAUACGACUACACCCAUGAGAUAUUGAAACAAGCCGAUUCCAAAUUUAAAAGUGUGAUUGUGCCUAAAGGUAGAAGAAUUUCUGUAAUUUGCAGAAGUGAAGUUACUAAAAAGCAAUAAGACUGUCAUAGUAUUUACUAUUGGUUAUCAAUAAAUUUCAGUGAUCAGAGAUAAUUAUUUUAAUAAUUCUCAAAAAAUGUUAUUAGUGUAACAUGAUACAAUAAACAAGUCUGUGAUUUACA